AUGUUUGCAAACAAAUGCGCCCGCUUGGCUACCUCUAAGACAGCUGUCCCUUUGACCUCAUAUCUAGCUCGAGUCCGGGGAUAUUCUUCAGCUGCUGGUAGCUAUGAGCACAUCCUCACCUCGACUCCCAAGCCGGGUGUUGGUCUAAUCACCUUGAACCGUCCCAAAGCCCUCAAUGCCCUCUGCACACCACUCUUCAAGGAGCUCAACGAAGCCCUGAGCAACUACGACAAUGACCAGAGUAUCGGCGCAAUCAUCCUUACUGGCAGUGAAAAGGCUUUUGCCGCCGGCGCCGACAUCAAAGAAAUGGCCCCAAAGACCUUCGCAGAUGCCUACAACGAAAACUUCAUCGCCCCCUGGUCCCAUCUAGCAAACGCAAUCCGCAAACCAGUAAUCGCCGCCGUAUCUGGGUACGCCCUGGGCGGCGGUUGUGAGCUAGCACUGAUGUGCGACAUUCUUUACUGCACCGAGAAAGCAACGUUCGGUCAGCCCGAGAUCAAACUCGGCACAAUUCCCGGUGCAGGCGGUUCGCAGCGUCUGACCCGCGCCGUUGGCAAGAGCAAGGCUAUGGAACUCAUCCUUACUGGCAAGAACUUCAGUGGUAAGGAGGCUGGGGAGUGGGGUGUUGCUGCUAAGGUUGUUGAGGGUGGUAAGGAGGAGUUGCUUGAAGAGGCCCUCAAGACUGCCGAGACUAUUGCUGGGUAUAGUCGUGUUGCUGUUGUUGCUGGGAAGGAGGUUGUCAACAAGAGUCAGGAGUUGUCGCUUAAGGAAGGGGUGGAGUAUGAGCGGAGGCUUUUCCAUGCUUUGUUUGGAAGCAAGGAUCAGAAGAUUGGUAUGACUGCUUUCGCUGAGAAGAAGAAGCCCGAGUGGUCUCAUGAGUAG